AUGAAUACUGCGAGCGAGAGGUUUGUCACGUUCCUCUGUUUCUUUCUGCUUCUCUUCAUGACAACGUUGUCAAACUCCCAACCAGACCGUUUUAUGAGACCCCUUCGUGGGAGUACCCUAGAAUACUUCGAGGUGGGUUACCCUCCGCCGUCACACGAACCCCCUCCGUCCUGUAGCCACCGUGUCCUCCACCACUCCUUCGCAAACACCAUCGACUCUCCUCCGUACACCACCUCCUACAGCCCUCCCCCGCGGUGCCCCGGCCCGUGGUCCCGCGUCGUGCUCCAUUUCCACGCCCGCUGCAAGGGCGAGCAGUACGACCGCAUCGCCGCCAUCUGGAUCGCCGGCGCCGAGAUCCUCCGCACCAGCACCGCCGAGCCCACCGCUGACGGCAUCUUCUGGAACGUCCGCAAGGACGUCACGAGAUAUUCCUCCCUCCUCGCCAAACCCAACCUCGAUCUCACCAUGAUGCUCGAAAACAUCGUCAACAACGAGUUCACUGGCGUCUACCACGUCACCGUCACUCUCCUCUACUACAACGAGUACACCCUUAAGGCCCCCGUCCGAGUUCCGUUUGUCCCCUGCCCUGAGGAGCUCACUUUCAAUCCAAUUUCUCUGCCCAAAUCUCGAUCUCUUAUCCAGGAUCCUGGCUCCAGAGGCGUAUAUGAGUCACCGGCGGAUUUGAUUAUUCCGAUAUCUGAUGAUGGACGGCGAGGGUUUUGGUUCAAGGUGGAGAAGGAGAAAAGUUCCUGCUCCCGGAAAAUUCGAAUUCCGAGAAACACCUAUCGCGCGGUGCUUGAACUGUACGUUUCUUUUCACGGAAACGACGAGUUUUGGUACUCGAACCCGCCGACUUCGUACAUCACGGCAAACGGUUUGGCGACGAAGCGUGGGAACGGCGCGUACAGGGAAGUUUACGUAACGAUCGACGGCCAGGUUGUCGGGUCGGAGGUUCCAUUUCCGGUGAUAUUCACCGGCGGGAUCAACCCUUUGUUCUGGGAGCCCAUGGUGGCGAUCGGGGCUUUUAACCUUCCCUCAUACGACAUUGAUUUGACGCCGUUUUUGGGGAAAGUUCUGGAUGGGAAGGAGCACGUGUUCGGAAUAGGGGUGGUGAAGGGUAUAUCUUACUGGCUGAUAAACGCAAACUUACAUCUUUGGUUGGACCAUGAAUCGAUGGUGGUUCAUGCUAAUCCCGUGGUUCAUCACAGUCCUGAAACUUCCAUCGAACGGCAAGAGGGGUUUCGAGGGCUUGAUGGGUCGUUUGAUGUGGACGCGGAGCAGGAAAUGCACAUCACAGGGUGGGUCAUGACUAGUGCUGGCAACAUCACCACCACAGUUUCUCAGGGAUUCUCGUUCAAGAACUUCAUAAAGUUCCAACACAAUGGGAGUAUCAAGACCGUUAAGCAGAAGUUCAAGGCAAAGAAAAAAGUGAAGGUGAUCGAUGGAAAUGGUGAAUCUAUCACCAGGUUGAAGGUUAGACGAAGGUACCCUUUAAGGGUUGUCACCACCACUAAGGAGUUUCCCGAUGGUACAUACCAGCUUGUCACAGAGCUUUCUCAUACUCUCAAUGAGAAGCAUGUAAGUGGGUGCUUCUCGAAAUCCAUUACCAAUGCCCAGAAUUCCAAGGGCUGGAUCGAGGUGAAGGGUCACUCUGUUGUGUCGGGUCAGGCAAGCACCACGCAGAAUUAUAGUUAUGUUGAUGGGUUCAUGUGCUACUCCCGGAAUGUUGCAGCGGCUGAUGGAAGGAUUGUCUUGGACAAUUCAACUUUUGUUUGUGAAGAGUGAAGAUUCUUUGUAGUUUCUUGUAGCGUACAUGUUUUUAUGUAGUUUCCUGCAUAGGGUUUUAGUUUUAUUUUUUCUAGGAACAGGAAUGUGUAGUAGUGUAGUAUCUUUUGAAUCUGCAUGUAUGUAUGUAUGUAUUGCUUCCAUUCAGCCACUGUGCCUGGAUCUAGACACAGAAGAAAACACAGGCUAAUGAAAAUCUAAAAAGCUUCUCCGUAA